GACUUCAGUUUGUCAAACGAAAAAGAUGCCCACACCAGUGACAGUGAUGAGAACUUGGAGCGUGGCAACUGGUCAAGCAAAGGCGACUACCUGCUCUCCAUGGUGGGCUACGCUGUGGGCCUGGGCAACGUCUGGCGGUUUCCCUACCUCACCUACCAGAAUGGCGGAGGUGCUUUUCUAAUCCCAUACACCCUGACGUUGGCCUUAGCUGGCUUGCCCUUAUUUUUCAUGGAAUGUUCCCUUGGGCAGUUUGCCAGUCUAGGGCCAAUUUCCGUCUGGAGAAUAUUACCGUUGUUUCAAGGAGUGGGCAUCACAAUGGUCAUCAUCUCAACAUUUGUGGCGAUCUACUACAAUGUUAUCAUUGCUUAUGCGCUCUACUACUUAUUUGCCUCAUUUCAAAAAAUGCUACUGUGGUUGGACUGCUUUUCCUGGGCAGAUGAGUUCUGCAGCAAAACACGACUAGGCGAGCAGCGCCGGUUCCGGCAGCGGAGCGCUCUGGCGCGGUGCGCGGGGGUUCCUGGGGCGGGAAACCUGAGGGGAGCCGGGAGACCCGCCGGCAGCCGGCAGCUCGCGCCACAGCGCCUGAGGAGACCUGGGCGGGGCCGGGAGCGGCGACGGCCGAGCGCCCCGGGGAGCGCCCGGGCGGGGCGGGCCAACGGCGCGGCAAAGAACACGGUGACCCAAGGGAUAGGGGGCAAUGGCGACAAGUUCCUGCCCGCGCAGCAGGCGCGUCUCCUCUGUGACCACCCCACCUUCCCAGGCAGCAAUGAAGUUGCAAUAAGUCCAAGGACAAUCAAGAGAGACUUCAGGGCCUCCGGACAACUGUUUAAGGGCUCAGGAGCACAAGUAGUGUUCUCUUCUAUCGUUCCAGUUGCAGGGAAUGAUGAGGGAAGAAAGAGGAAGACCCAGCAGAUCAAUACCUGGCCGUGA